GAGCUGGGAUUCCUUGGGAAGGAGCUGGGAUUCCUUGGGAAGGAGUUUGGAUUCCUUGGGAAGGAGCUGGGAUUCCUUGGGAAGGAGCUGGGAUUGCUUGGGAAUGAUCUGGGAUUUCUUGGGAAGGAGCUGGGAUUGCUGGGAAGGAAUUGGGUUGCUGGGAAUGAUCUGGGAUUGCUUGGGAAGGAGCUGGCAUUCCUUGGGAAGGAGCUGGGAUUUUUUUGGGAAGGAGUUUGGAUUCUUGGGAAGGAGCUGGGAUUUCUUGGGAAGGAGCUGGGAUUUCUUGGGAAUGAGCUGGGAUUUCUCAGGAAUGAGCUGGGAUU